AUGUCCCCAAAAUCUAAAAGUCUCACCCUCUCCCAGGCGGAGGGGAAAAUGCUCUUGGUUCAGCUCUGCAGGAAGGCCCCACGUACCGCUUGUUGCACAGCUGAGACAGACAAUACCCUACUGGAUGUGGAUGAACUGGUCUCGGCAUCAUUCAAGCAAGUUCAAUUUGCAAACGAGGACGUUAUUGAAUAUAUGGCAGAGAUUAAUGCCUCAGGGAUAGAGGACAGCUACAAAGGCAACGGCGAUGGCGCUGGAAGCGGGUCUGAAGGAAGGGACAAAGAUGCCAAUGGGGAUGAUGAGAUGGCUGGCAACCGUAAGACCACCAAACGUUGGGGCCGUGCUAGCGGCUCUAACAUUUACUCAAAGCCACAGGAACAGAUCAUCAUUGGAGGGGUCAAGAAUUAUCGCCCGUGUGGGGAGAGGGGUUGGCGCAAGGUUGGCAUACAUUACAACUGCAGAGUUCCCAAGAAGCACCAACACAACUGGGAGUGUAUCAAAGAUAAGUACAAUUGUAUGGCAAAAAGAAGGAAACCAACCAACAACGGAGAAGGUUCCAAGAUCCACGAUGCUGUCCUUCAGCUCGAAGCAGAGCGCCUUGCUCAGGAAGAAACUGUUGACCUUGACAAUGGGGAGUGGUUGGACUCUGACAAAGCUUUGGAGCCUUGCAUGAAGUCCGAGUCCGACGCUAUCGUCAGCCCCGCUCCCCCUCCUUUUGUUCGUUCCAAACCCAAUAGUUCGAAAUCAAAAGGCAGGGCUUGCGAGCCCGACAUGAUCAUAAUUGAUUUGACAGAUGAAAACGCAGCUCCCCUUCCAAUCAUUGUGCCGGCUAAGCGAAAGGCGAGUUUGAGUGCGACAGCCAAGGAAAGUGUGAUGGCCAAGUUGGGGAUAACUUACUACGCUGCCAAGGCCGUGCAACUAAGCAAAGUUGAGUUGACUGCCGGUUGCUGCUGGGAUGUACAAACCACACUUGACCAUAUUUGUGCCACACUUGAACAGGAUGCAAGCCACACAAGCGCCAAGGCUGCAGGGGUAGCCAAAGUCGAGAUCUUUGGCCGCAAUUGCACAAUUGAACAACUCAAGAAGGGGUGGAUCAACGCCAAGGAGUAA